CUCUGUUAGUGUAGAGAUGCUGUGGCACUGGUAGUGAGUCCUCCAGUGCUCCAGUGCUCGGCUCUCUUGUUGCCUCUUCUGUUUUGCUGCUGUUUUGCUCUCUUUCUCUAUUAUAUAUUGUGUGUAACUGUGUUGUAGUGUUUGCUCGUAUAUAUCGUAUAUAACUGUGCCGUAUAUUGUAGUCAAUGUAUUACUAAUGGCUGUAAUGCAGGCUGUAGUGCAGGUUCCACCCACUCCUACAUCUUCGCCAAAUAAUACUAUGAACCGUCCAAUUCAAGUGAAACCAGCAGACAGUGAAAGUCGAGGCGAAGACAGAAAACUAUUCGUCGGAAUGCUUAGCAAACAUCAGUCAGAAGAGGACAUCAGAAUGUUAUUCCAAUCGUACGGAUGUAUCGAAGAGUGUACUAUUCUUAGAGGACCUGAUGGCCAAAGCAAAGGCUGUGCAUUCGUGAAGUUUGGAAGUCAUGGUGAGGCUCAGGCAGCCAUCAAUUCGUUACACGGAAGUCAGACAAUGCCGGGAGCGUCCUCUAGUCUUGUGGUUAAGUUUGCCGACACUGAGAAGGAAAGACAGUUAAGACGAAUGCAACAAAUGGCUGGAAAUAUGGGUUUAUUGAGUCCAUUCGUGUUCAAUCAGUUCGGUGCUUAUGGAGCGUAUGCACAGUUGAUGCAGCAACAGGCGGCCCUCAUGGCAGCAGCAGGUGGUUACGUGCCUAUGGCCGCAGCCCUGGCCGCACAGUUACCUGCCCAGGUACAAAUGCCCAAUGGACUCGGCAGUCCCGCACUCACACCCACUUCAGGUUACGUAUCGAUUGGGAUGACGACACCCACGACGACAAAUGGGAACAGUGGUGGUGGUGGUCACCCUCCUAACGCCCCCAGUCCGCCCUCAUUUCAUGGUUACGUAUCGAUUGGGAUGACGACACCCACGACGACAAAUGGGAACAGUGGUGGUGGUGGUCACCCUCCUAACGCCCCCAGUCCGCCCUCAUUUCAUGGUCAGUGCAACGGUCAGGGGGGCAGUCCGGCUGAUGUCUAUACCACUGGAUGUCUGCAAAGUCUAAUUCCCACUCAGCCCAUUCCCAAUGGAGAUCCACUGCAAUCUGGAGCCACAGCUUAUCAGAGUCUGACACCUUAUCCGGGAAUAAGUUAUCCAACAGCAUAUGCGGGUCAGUUCGCACAGGCAUUGGCAGCACAACAGCCAUCAGUGAUCGGUAUGAAACGCCUUAAGGUUCAGCUGAAGAGACCAAAGGAUGCGAGUCGGCCUUAUUGA